AUGGCCCGGGGCUCGCACGCGAUGUGGGCCUUGGCCGUGUCCAUCGCCUGCUGCCUACUGGUGCUAACUGAAGCCCAACAUUUCACACCUGGUUGGUCUUUUUUGCGCACAUGUGCCGUGAAACAACACCAUCCCCUUCGCCAUCAACCAUCUGAUUUACACUGCGCUUCUUUCCAUGUGACCGCUUCGCUUCGCCUCGUCUUGCUUGCCACCUCACGCUUUCAUCUUGUCGCUUCGCGUGCGCUGCUUCUGUUUGCAGCACAGGAUCUCCUCGGGCUUGGCACACAGGUCAUCAAGGCGGAAAACGCCAGCACCGACCCAACCGCUCCCUUGUACCAAGAGGGCAAGUGGGAAGUCAGCGGCAUUGACGGCAUUUAUAGUGCCAAGUGUCGUUACUCCCAAGGCGCCGCCACCAUGACUGCCACCUUUAAUGUACCAGUGGCCGACUAUUACAAUGUGUACGCCACAUAUUGCCCUCAUAACGUGUAUCGCACGACCCGCUCCGUCUUUGUCAUCGAUUCCCCAUCGACACCCGAUGCCGAGCAAAUCGUGGCUGUCAAUCAGCGCACCGACGCCGCCCAUCCCGAUGGCCUCGAGGUUUUGCACAGUGUUUUCCUCAACCCAGGCCCUUUGACCAUCCAACUGCGCCAAUCCACCGGCGACCCCAACGGUACAAUUUCUAUCGAUGCAUUUGUUCUGCGUCGGGGUAUCAUCGUGGAGGCUGAGCACCCCGAAUCCACCACCAUCAACGGCACUUGGACAGAGAGCAUCGACUAUGAUGGAUAUUUCGGCUCCUCCUACCUAACCACGACCGAGGAAGGGGCAACGGUGGAUAUGAAGACUGGAGCCCCCAGGCGUGACAUUUACAGUCUAUUUCUCCUCUCCGUUGCCGCACAGAUUCGCGAUGGCACGGUGGACGUGAUUGUCUACCACGCUCUCGGCUCCACACCACUCAUUUGGGACCAGCAUACCCAUCCUACCUUUUUCGCGGGCAGCUUCACCUUGGACGGCGCUUCCCAUGUCUUAAUUGUUGUCAAUGGCACCGGAGACCGUGCCGUGGUCGUGGAUGGCCUGUGGAUCAAGCAGGCUGACAUUGCCGACAACGACGAUGCCUCACGCAUCGCCACGAUUGGCUCGUGGGGCACCUCAACCAACACGGCCGGCUACCUGGGAACCAGCUAUGCUUACACCUCGGGCACCUCGGACAACACGUUCGUUGGAUACAAGAGUAUGAUCUUCAAGUUUGAACCCGAGACCGCGGGUAUUUAUACCUUUUCCCUUACUUGGCGUCCAUACACCUCGCGUGCCACCAACGCACUUUGCUCCGUGUUUAGCAAAAGCGGCGAUGUCCUGGUCACGCGCAUCAAUCAGCGUAAGGCCCUGCCCAACGGCAUGUUUCUCGACACCAUCACUGCCGUCCUGCCCGCUGGCCUCACCAACUUUAGCGUGAGCAAUUACUACAUUGUCACCGAGGACGAGGACAUUUCUCCCAGCCUCAGCGCCGACGCGGUGAGCCUUGCACCUCGAAACAACAUUGUCUACGAUGCAGACGUGCAGGGUGUUACCCUUAUGGGUACCUGGGAUGAGGAGCGGUACACCAGCUCUGAUCGCGCCUACUCGGGCAGCACCUUUCUGUUGAGCGGUGACGCAGCCGCAUCUGCCAACGUGAAAGCCCCGCAUCUGGAGGGUGUGGCUGAAUACGAUGUGUACAUCAGCUACGUCUAUUGGUCCAGUCGCUCCAAAACCGUUCGCUACGAGUCUAGCGGCCCCUACGCUGUGGCGGGUAAUCGCUCUUCAGAUGUCGAUCAGUCGGUCGAUCCAAGCGGCACCUGGCAAUUCUUGCAUCGCCAGGUCUUCGGUCACGGUCAAGGAGGUCUGAUCAUGACCAAUCAGGGUUCGGGAAAAAUGUGCGCCGAUGCCUAUAAAUAUGUGUUUCGCCGACGCGUCCCGUCGCAGCUGAUUGAUGCCGAGGCCCCACACUUGGUGACCUUUGUCGGAUCGUGGGCUUUAUCCUCUCACACGCCAGGCUUUCAUGGCUUGGGCUACUUCCACGACCUCAACGAAGAAGCUGGCCGCAAAUCAGUCACGUACCACUUUACGGUCAGCGCCCCAGGCAGAUAUCGUAUUUACAGUAGCUGGGCUGGGGACGCCUCUCGUGCUUCCGACGUGCCCAUCAUGCUCUUGGGAGCGAGUGGCUACUCCUUCAAUUUUACCAUUGAUCAGUCGAUGCGGCGCUCGCACUACGUAGUGGCUGAAGUCACCUUGCCCGUGGGUGCGCUGGACCUAGUCCUGUCCAACGACGUGGCGCGCUAUAGUUAUCGGCAAACCUACGUCAUUGCGGAUAUGUUCGCGUUGGUCAUGGUGGAGGAGACAUGCGAUGGAGCAAGCACUACGCGCGACACGUCUGAUCCGAAUAGCAUCGUGCCACGCUGCCGCCUGCAGGCCGAUUGCCCUCUAGGGACCUUUCGCUCGGAUGUAGACGAGUGCACACCGUGCACCGAAGCGCAGUACACGCCGGUUAUCAAUAGCCCAGCUUGUUUUGAUGUGACGACUUGCUCACCCGGAGCCUACGAGCGUAUUGCGCCUACCCUCUCGACUGAUCGCAAGUGCCAGUUGUGCGAGGCUGGCACGUUUUUAAAUGACACAAGUGGUCAAUGCCAGGCCUGUACGGCCAACUGUGCCGAUGAUGAGCUGGUUGUGCAGGCAUGCACGCGUGCUCACGACUUGCAGUGCGAGCCUCGAACUGAAUGCGCAGCGUAUGAGUUUGAGGCGGAUACAGGAGUCCCAGGCCAGACGGAUCGCACCUGCACCAAUUGCACGCAAUGUUCACCGGGCGCCUACGUUGCAUCCGAUUGCUCAUCGACGGCAGAUCGCAAGUGCGCCGCCUGUGACAGCGAGAGUUUUUCGAGCAUCAUCAAUGCUGCCAUCUGCCAGGGCAUCAACAGCUGCCUUCCCGGGCACUAUCAGCUUGUGGCGCCCACGUCUAGCAGCGAUGCUGAAUGCCAGGCGUGUGCCGUGGGCAAGGCUGACACAGACUCGGACGCAGCGACGAGCUGCGUCAGUUGCGGCGAUUUCAAUGGCUAUCAGGAUCAAGCUGGGCAAGCGACCUGCAAGCAGCCCUCUACUUGUGCACCCGGGGCUGGCCAGUCCGUGGCACCCACGAGCACCUCCGAUCGUGAGUGUGCCCCUUGUGAGCCAAACCGUAGCUUUCACAACGCUGGCACUUCUGCCCCUACUUGUCAAAUCGUGACCCUGUGUGGCAAGGGCUACGUAAUGACGCAGGCUCCGACAACGUCGACAGACCGAGUCUGCAGUCCAUGCCCGGAUGGCACCUUCAAAACCACGGCUGACACCCUUGAUGAACAGGGCUUGUGUCAGACCGUCACUUCGUGCGAGGAUGAAGAGUAUGCAGCGCAGGCUGCGACUCUAACCUCGGACGUAGUAUGCCAGCCGGCGGCCAUCGUGCUCUUGACCUUCUCGGAAGGCAUCUCGGCUGUCAAGGGUGGAGCUUCAGAGCAAGGUGUUUUGGCCGCGAUUGCCGAGGCCAUCCGUCAGCUGGACAGCGGCUCGUCACUGCUUCGCUUGCUUCCCGUCUAUGGCACCUCGAAUCGUCGACGGGUUUCGACCAUGAUUGGCGCCAACGCGCUUUUCCCUUCCGUGACCGCCCGCAAAGCGUUUGAGCGUGAGUCACAGGAUCUGUCCUUUACAUACGACGGACAGCAAUAUUCUACAUCGCAGACUGAGGUGGGUGCCAGCACGGCAUCUAGUGGCAAGUCCAACGUGGCCCUAGCUGCCGGGGUUGGCGCAGGCGUAGCUGUAGUGGCGUUGGUUUUGGUCGUUGUCUUUGCCGUGCGGCGUCAUAAAGAUGCCAAGCGCCGCAAAGCUGAAACACGCGAAGUCAUUGCGUUUGAAAACCCCAACUAUGAGACAACCCCACAAGACACUUUCAACCCGGUCUACAACGACUUUGAGGACCAUGCAAGUGAGGACGCUGUGGGCUAUACCGAUGUGCCUGUUCGUAGCAGCGGCGAUGCUGAUGGCGAAGGAGCCAUGGGGUUUGGGGCAGACGACUAUCUCGAGACGGAAGAUUUGGACGUGGAGAUGCCCGAGCCCCAAGCCGAGGAUGCGGGGUAUCUUGAGGCAGAUGGCUUUGAUGGUGGAUUCGAUGAUGAUGAUGAUGACGCUUUCAACGGCUAG